UUUUUUCUGUUAGUACCACUCCUGUACCUGGCAUCAUGUGCAUUUUGAGACUGACGGUGGUCACAUUGCUGGCUACAGCUUGCUGCACACUAACAGAUGGAGCAAUCAGCAUCACGUGUGAAGGCUCUGAUGCUUUACUGCAAUGUGAUGGAGGUAAAAUCCAUAUCAAGCGUGCGAACUACGGUCGUCGUCAACACGAUGUUUGUUCUAUUGGGCGCCCUGAUAACCAACUCACCGACACCAACUGCCUCAGCCAAUCCUCCACCAGCAAGAUGGCAGAAAGAUGCAGUGGGAAGAGCGAGUGUAUUGUCCCUGCAUCCAAUUUCGUUUUUGGAGACCCCUGUGUCGGGACUUAUAAGUACCUGGACACCAAAUACUCCUGUGUCCAACAGCAAGAAACAAUAAGCAGCAUCAUAUGUGAAGGCUCUGAUUCUCAACUACUAUGUGAUCGAGGUGAGAUCCGUAUUCAGCGUGCCAACUAUGGCCGUCAACACGAUGUGUGUUCCAUUGGGCGCUCACAUAAACAACUCAAAAACACCAACUGCCUCAGCCAAUCCACCACCAGCACAAUGGCAGAAAGGUGUGAUGGAGAGCGCCAGUGUAUCGUCAAGGUAUCCAACUCUGUGUUCGGUGACCCCUGUGUCGGAACCUAUAAGUACUUGGAUGUGGCUUACACCUGUGACUGUGUAUUGGAUCUUGUUAUCAUCAGUUGCAUUUUCUCUGUUAGUACCACUCCUGUACCUGGCAUCAUGUGCAUUUUGAGACUGACGGUGGUCACAUUGCUGGCUACAGCUUGCUGCACACUAACAGAUGGAGCAAUCAGCAUCACGUGUGAAGGCUCUGAUGCUUUACUGCAAUGUGAUGGAGGUAAGAUCCAUAUCAAGCGUGCGAACUACGGUCGUCGUCAACACGAUGUGUGUUCUAUUGGGCGCCCUGAUGACCAACUCACCGACACCAACUGCCUCAGCCAAUCCUCCACCAACAAGAUGGCAGAAAGAUGCAGUGGGAAGAGCGAGUGUAUUGUCCCUGCAUCCAAUUUCGUUUUUGGAGACCCCUGUGUCGGGACGUAUAAGUACCUGGACACCAAAUACUCCUGUGUCCAACAGCAAGAAACAAUAAGCAGCAUCAUAUGUGAAGGCUCUGAUUCUCAACUACUAUGUGAUCGAGGUGAGAUCCGUAUUCAGCGUGCCAACUAUGGUCGUCGUCAACACGAUGUGUGUUCCAUUGGGCGCUCACAUAAACAACUCAAAAACACCAACUGCCUCAGCCAAUCCACCACCAGCACAAUGGCAGAAAGGUGUGAUGGAGAGCGCCAGUGUAUCGUCAAGGUAUCCAACUCUGUGUUCGGUGACCCCUGUGUCGGAACCUAUAAGUACUUGGAUGUGGCUUACACCUGUGACUGAAUGAUAUCUUCCUGGGGAACCUGAAGAUGUACAAGGCUGCUGGGAUAUCUUCAUCAAGUCAUGCUGUUUUCCUCCAACCUCUAAAUCAACUUCAAUGUCCAUUGUAAACCUGUGUACAAUGUGUUGAAGCAUUUCUUAAACAAUUUCUGAACUGUGGUUGUUGGUCUGAAUUAAAUGAAGCGGCAGGAAGAAGAUGCUGGUUGCCUCUUUUACAUUAAUAAAUGUCACACCAAUA